CCGCUGUGGAGGAGCUGGCGGCGGCUAAGGGGGCGUGCGCGGCGAUCCGCUGCUACCCGGAGGCUAAGCCCGGCGCCCGGCGGACCUCGUGCCUCGGGCUGUCCCGCCUGCUCCUCUCGCACUCAGCCUCUGCCCCAGCUCAGCACCGCCCCCUCGGAGAGUCCACGCGCGACCGACGCGCCAUGGGCCCAGGCGAGCGCGCCGGUGGCGGCGGCGACGCGGGGAAGGGCAAUGCGGCGGGCGGCGGCGGCGGAGGACGCUCGGCGACGACGGCCGGGUCCCGGGCGGUGAGCGCGCUGUGCCUGCUGCUCUCCGUGGGCUCGGCGGCUGCCUGUCUGCUGCUGGGUGUCCAGGCGGCCGCGCUGCAGGGCCGGGUGGCGGCGCUCGAGGAGGAGCGGGAGCUGCUGCGGCGCGCGGGGCCGCCAAGCGCCCUGGACGCCUGGGCCGAGCCGCACCUGGAGCGCCUGCUGCGGGAGAAGUUGGACGGACUAGUGAAGCUCCGGACUGCUCGGGAAGCUCCAUCCGAAUGUGGCUGCCCCCCAGGGCCCCCUGGACGGCGCGGCAAGCCUGGGAGAAGAGGCGACCCUGGUCCUCCAGGGCAAUCAGGACGAGAUGGCUACCCGGGACCCCUGGGUUUGGAUGGCAAGCCCGGACUUCCAGGCCCGAAAGGGGAAAAGGGUGCACCAGGAGACUUUGGCCCCCGGGGAGACCAAGGACAAGAUGGAGCUGCUGGGCCUCCGGGGCCCCCUGGACCUCCUGGGGCCCGGGGCCCUCCUGGCGACACUGGGAAAGACGGCCCCAGGGGAGCACAAGGCCCAGCGGGCCCCAAAGGAGAGCCCGGACAAGACGGCGAGAUGGGCCCAAAGGGACCCCCAGGGCCCAAGGGUGAGCCUGGAGUACCUGGAAAGAAGGGCGACGAUGGGACACCAAGCCAGCCCGGACCACCAGGGCUCCCUGGACCACCAGGGCCCAAGGGCGAGCCAGGGAGCGUGGGACCUCGGGGAGAGAAUGGCAUGGACGGUGCCCCAGGACCAAAGGGGGAGCCUGGCCACCGAGGCACGGAUGGAGCUGCAGGGCCCCGGGGUGCCCCAGGCCUCAAGGGCGAGCAGGGAGACACAGUGGUGAUCGACUAUGAUGGCAGGAUCUUGGAUGCCCUCAAGGGGCCUCCCGGGCCACAGGGGCCCCCAGGACCACCAGGGAUCCCUGGAGCCAAGGGCGAGCUUGGAUUGCCCGGUGCCCCAGGAAUCGAUGGAGAGAAGGGUCCCAAAGGACACAAAGGAGACCCAGGAGAGCCUGGGCCAGCGGGACUUAAAGGGGAAGCAGGCGAGAUGGGCUUGUCCGGCCUCCCGGGCGCUGACGGCCUCAAGGGGGAGAAGGGGGAGUCGGCGUCUGACAGCCUACAGGAGAGCCUGGCUCAGCUCAUAGCGGAGCCAGGGCCCCCUGGCCCCCCUGGCCCCCCAGGCCCGAUGGGCCUCCAGGGAAUCCAGGGUCCCAAGGGCUUGGAUGGAGCAAAGGGAGAGAAGGGCGCGUCGGGUGAGAGAGGCCCCAGCGGCCUGCCUGGGCCAGUUGGCCCACCGGGCCUUAUUGGGCUGCCAGGAACCAAAGGAGAGAAGGGCAGACCCGGGGAGCCAGGACUAGAUGGUUUCCCUGGACCCCGAGGAGAGAAAGGAGAUCGGAGUGAGCGUGGAGAGAAGGGAGAGCGAGGAGUCCCUGGCCGGAAAGGAGUGAAGGGCCAGAAGGGCGAGCCGGGACCACCAGGCCUGGACCAGCCGUGUCCUGUGGGCCCCGACGGGCUGCCUGUGCCUGGCUGCUGGCAUAAGUGACCCACAGGCCCAGCUCACACCUGUACAGAUCCGUGUGGACAUUUUUAAUUUUUGUAAAAACAAAACAGUAAUAUAUUGAUCUUUUUUCAUGGAAUGCGCUACCUGUGGCCUUUUAACAUUCAAGAGUGUGCCCACCCAGCCCCAGAGCCACCGGCAUGUGAAGCUGCCGGAAAGUGGACAGGCCAGACCAGGGAGAUGUGUACCUGAGGGGCACCCUAGGGCCUGGGCUUUCCCAGGAAGGAGAUGAAGGUAGAAGCACCUGGCUCGGGCAAGGCUAGAAAGAUGCUACGUUGGGCCUUCAGUCACCUGAUCAGCAGAGAGACUCUCAGCUGUGGUACUGCCCUGUAAGAACCUGCCCCCUGAAACUCUGGAGUCCCUGGGACACAUCCUAUCCAAGAAGAUCCAGGGGUGGAACAGCGGCUGCUGCUGCUUCUGGCCUCACCAGCCUCCAAACUCAGCCACAACCAGCUGCCUCUACAGGUGGACAAGACUUGGCCCCUGGACAAGACUCGCCCAGCACUUGCGGCUGGGCCUGGGGAGCAGUGAGUGGAAAUCCCCCAAGAAGGUCUAGCUCCUCCCGCAUUCAGGAGGCCUCAGGAGGCCAGCCUGCCGUGAGAGCACAUGUCCUCUGGCCAGGAGUAGUGGCUGAGCUCUGUGAUCGCUGUGAUGUGGACAGAGCUCCAGGGAGCAGAGUGUUGGGGACGGAGGGGCCCAGCCUGUACUGACUGCUACUUCCUGUCUCUGUUUCCGUAUCACCCAGAGAGGGACAAGAUGGGACAUGGCCUGGCCCAGGGAGGCAGGCCUCCCACUCAGAGUCUGGGUCUCACUGGCCCCAAGUCUCCCACCCAGAACUCUGGCCAAAAAUGGCUCUCUAGAUGGGCUGCACAGGCAAAGCGAAGCUCAGGGCUGGUUCCCAGCUGGCCCGAGCAUGGAGGCUGCCACCAGCCCCACCCACGCUCUCACCAGAGGCUUUUCCACCUCCAGCAAAUGUUCCCAGCAACCAGCUCCAUCCUGGCUGCCUGCCUUCCAUUUCUGUGUAGAUGGAGAUCACUGUGUGUAAUAAACCACAAGUGCAUGUC